UUUGUUCGGAUCGACACAACAGUCAGAAAGAUGAGCCGAAAGAAAUAUGACCGCUUUGAUGUUCGAACUCGGCCUGUUGGAACGAUUAUCGAACUAGGCCAUUUGACCACGGAGAUUAUCAAUCCAAACGCAAUUGUUAAUUUAGUUGAUCCAGAAAGAGAUGAACAACAUCAAAAGCCCGCGCCCUUGCUCGAUGCUGUGCAAUCCGGGGAUUUGGAGAGGCUCAAGAAAGAGCUUGACUUGCACAAAGAUCAAAUUAAUGAAACAUUUGGAUCGUUGCGAGUAACGCUUCUGCACUUGGCUGCUUACGACCAGCCACAUCUCGUUCCAACGCUGAUUUCAAAUGGGGCAAAUGUCACGACAUUGGACGUUGUCGGUAGAUCAUCAUUUCAUUUGGCCUGCACUGCUGCGAGUGACCCUGGUUGCAUCAAGGCUCUCAUCAUUGCUGGAGCUGAUGUCAAUCAAAAGAUUCUGCUGCCUUUGCAAAUGUGGUCUACUUCGCCAUCCACCUCGUCUCCAAGGAAAGUCAGUCCUAUUGGAGAAAUCAAAAAGACGAUGGGCAGCAAUAAUAGAUUCGGUUCAGAAAAGAAAUUUUCCCAAAAGAAACUGACUCUAUCUCAAGAGAUUUCCAAGUUACCAAACACCGGAGUUGGAAGUCAUUUGCCCAUUCCUGAGAGUCUCGGACGAACAGGCCUGCACCAGACUGUGAAAGCGAACAGUCCUGACUGCGUCGAGGUCCUCCUUAAAGCAGGAGCCCUCGUCGACGCCAAAGACCAAAAGGGUCUCACUCCUCUUCUGCUCGCUGGAGCAGGCGUUUCUCCAGAUGACGCCGAGAGACUCGUCAAAUACGAGCAAGUGGUGAAAAUGCUGGUUGCUGCAGGCGCCGACGUGAACAUUCUGAACACGUACACAGGCUCGUCAGCCUUGCACCACGCUGCUGCAAGGUGUUCCCUGAGCGCCACUCGCCUGCUCAUGGAGCAUGGCGCCGUAGUCGAAAAACUCAGCGCCUCGGGAGCCACUGCGCUGCACGAGGCUGCACAUUCUGGAGCCUUAGAAGUGCUUGAAUACAUUCUCGACACCACGGCGGGAAUGAAUUUGGUGAACAAGAGCGACCAUGUCGGCCUGACCCCGUUGCACAAGGCGGCAUUCAGCGGGAGCAGAGGCUGCUUGGAGCUGCUUCUGAAGAAAGGCGGCCACCUCGGCGUCCAGACCCACAGCGGCACCUCUGUGCUGGACGCUGUUUUCAUGCACGUCGCGCGGCCCUACCACUUCCUCGCCUCGAUUUUCGACAGAUGCGUCGAAACCAACAGCAUUUCCGUCCUUGAUACAGCGUUCAAAGUUCAUCUGGACUUCAGUGUCAUUGCUCCACGUGGCUGCGACAGGCAAACGUCGAUAUUGAGGGAGAUUUUUAACUCACCAAAGGGGUCGGGACAGUCAGAUCUGCUGCGACAUCCGUUGCUGGAGACGUUUCUCUGGCUCAAAUGGCAAAAGCUGCGCAUCUUCUUUUUCUUCCUGCUCUUCAUUUACGGGAAUUUCAUCAUUUCCCUCAGCGUGUUCGUAGUGGACGAAAACGAGUCGCACGAGGCCAAUGCAACGGAUGUCUCAUUAUACACCAGAAAUGUGGCCAAAUAUUCGCUGACCGUGACCUCCAUCAUGUUGUUGACUCACGUGGUCUUACAAAUCUCUUUGAGGCCGAUAUUCUACUUAAAAGAUAUAGAAACCUGGAAUUUUGCCUUCUUGGGCACUUCAUCUUUAGUUGUGGUUUAUAUUCAUAUUCAUGAUCUUGGAUAUGAAAAUUUCCAAGUGCAGUUGAUAUCAAUUAUCGUGCUGCUCGCGUGGACGGAGCUUCUACUGAUGAUCGGCCGAUUUCCAACGUGGGGCAACUACGCUCUCAUGUUCUACACGGUGCUGAGAAAUGUGCUGAAAGUGAUGCUGACUUUUGUGUUCAUCGUGAUCGGCUUCACGUUCAGUUUCUACGUCCAGUUUCACGACGGGGAUAUUUUCAGCGACCCUUCCAAAACUUUCGUCAAGACGAUCGUCAUGAUGGCUGGAGAGUUCGAGUACAAGGACUUGUUUGAAGAAAAGACGCUAACUGGCGGAAGGAAGCACGCGCCAAAUCUGACAGGGAGAAUAAUUUUUCUUCUAUUCGUCCUGCUGACGACAAUUGUCAUGAUGAACCUGAUGGUCGGUCUGGCCGUCAGCGACAUCCAGGCAGUGCAGGCGGAAGGCCACUUCAGGCGGCUCUUGAAGCAGGCCCAAUUCGUCGACCAUCUGGAAACGAUCAUUUCGCGUCCAAUUUUCAAAAAAGGCCUGCCCAAAUGCAUUCUGUCGUUUUUGACGCAGCGAAGACGCGUCGUCACUGAGCUCACCCUCCAACCCAGCGCCGUAGAAAGAAAGACCAGAUAUCCAAAAAAUCUUCCUCCAAAACUGAUUGAGGCUUGCGUCGAGCUAGCUGUGCGCCAGAGAGCGAUUUCCCAAUUAAAAACGGAUGAGGAAAUGAUUCCUGGGGACAGGACAAGCAGAUACUCGUGGCUGGACAGUCGGUCUGGCGGAUCUCAAACCGUCCUCUUCGGCGUGCAGCAGCAAGCGGCGGUCGAGGAUAUGAUGCUCAGACUGUUUGAGGAGCUGCAGGAUGUCAAGAACAUGAUCCAAGUGUCCUCUUCCAAGCCUCUGUCCUGGUCAGCAAGAGGCAGAACGCUGUCGAUCAAAGAGUCUCGCAGGCUAAACCAGCACCUCAAUGUCAAUGGAAAUGAGCGCACCUCGAAUUUGGAAGAUGUUGUUUGCGAGGUUCAAGGGGCCUAUUGCGUGUUACAGCGCUUGAAAGAGGAUUGAAUCCAUCAAAAUUGUUUAAAUAAUACUAAUUUCCUUUUGGGAUGUGUCCUACCAAGUGCAUUUGAGUGCCAAUCUCAGUCUCUAGAGCGUUACGAAACAACAAUUUCAAUCUUUGCCCCAUUUCACCUAUUGCAGUGUUCAGCUCAACAGGUGCUUUUCAGCUCAAACGGCUCUCUACAUCAGUUUGAAACACACCUCAAAAAGAUAACGUGCCUUUUAGUUUUGGAAUAAAUUCAUUCAUUUAUUUUUAAAAAGUACUUAUAUGUGUAAGAGUAUAAACAUCAAUUAUUGCCUUGAAACGCUUUUUUAUUUUUUAUUUUGUGCUUUAACUGUUGCUUUCAAUUUAUUAAGAGUUAAAACUCCCCACACCAUAGUAUUCGCUUGUAAAAUCAUUAGUUGAGUCCUAUCUUAUUGCUCUCAUUGUACAAAUUCUUUCACCUAAAGUAAGCAAGAAUAGCUGUCCUGAUGCCAAUAGUUAAUAAAAUUUGUACUCCAAA